GAUACAUAUUUGAGCGCUACCUUUGCGACCUUUGCGAGGAUACCUCCAUCUGUCCUUGAACCCGCGAUCUCUAUAGUCUUUGACAAAUCAGCUGCGUCAGGUAUACACAAUUGAAUUUUACCAUCUGCUUCGGGCUGAAAUCCGAUACCGACUACAGAAAUCUGUAGUAAUAAUCGCCAUCGGUGCAGUUUCGGAACGCCAUUGUCUGCCAGUUUUGAUCUAUCCCUCGCCCAUUCAAUGGGUUUCAAACUGUGGGAUGGACUCAAAAUCCGAAAACCCAUCCUUGUCGCUGUCAGGUAUCGGACAUACGGACUAUCGGCCGAUGCAUCCCGAACGACCAUAAAUACGACAUACAUCCGGUGUCUAAAACUCGAUCCAAGUUCCAACGGCGAUGUUCAAACUCUCUCGAACGCUUUCUACUACGCGACGCCAGCUAUAGCUUCACUCAGCUCAAUAUCAACUCAACAAAACCCCGACGACCUUCCUCUUUCCGGAAUACGCGUAUUGGAAUUGGGCCAACUCAUUGCUGGUCCGUUCGCUGGCCAGUUACUUGGACAAUACGGGGCAGAAGUGAUUAAGAUCGAAGCACCAAAAACAGGAGAUCCAUUACGCGUAUGGAGAGAGCUCGACGUAGAUGGCACAAGUCCGUGGUUUAGGAGUAUAGCUAGGAAUAAGAGGAGUGUUGCGAUUGAUUUGCGGAAACCAGAGGGGCGAGAACUUGUCAAACGGCUAGCUAUCAAAAGCGAUGUCAUAAUAGAAAACUUCAAACCCGGCACACUUGAGAAAUGGGGUCUUGGUCCCGAAGACCUCCAUCCAUACAAUCCUUCUCUCAUCUUUACCCGCGUCAGCGGUUACGGCCAGACUGGACCUUGGGCACCACGGCCAGGAUAUGCAUCUGUGUGCGAAGCCGAGUCCGGGUUCCGUUAUAUCAACGGUUUCCCAGAUGUUCAAACUGGUGGUCUUUCUGGCCCUCCUGUACGACCUAAUAUUAGUCUCGGUGAUUCCGUAGCUGGGUUACAUGCGGCAUUCGGUACUGUUCUUGCAUUACUCGCUCGUCGAGAAAAGCGUAAACAGGGUCAGAAUAAAGGGAUGACGGUAGAUGUUAGUAUUCUGGAAAGCAUGCUGAACUUAAUGGAAGGUAUCGUGCCUGAGUACGACCGCAAGGGCAAGAUCCGGGGCCCCUCCGGCUCCUCAGUAACCGGAAUCGUACCCACUAACGCCUACCCUUGUCUUCCCGACACCGAAUCACCGACUGUUCCCUCCUACAUUGUCAUCGGCGCCAACGGCGACUCCAUCUACAACCGCCUCAUGCAGGUCGUCGAACGCCCAGACCUUACCGGACCCUCCUACCAGCAAAACCACCACCGAGUCGAACGGCAGGAGACUAUCGAGAAGGCCAUCUCAGCGUGGACAGUGAGGCAUACCGCGGAAGAGGUGAUAAAAGCGAUGACUGCAGCGGGUGUACCAGUCGGACGCGUUGUCACGGUUAAGGAUAUCGUGGAGAGUGAGCAGGUGCAGGCAAGGGGUGCAAUUAAGGAUGUUUGGGUGGAUGGGAAUGGCAGUGGGAAAGCCGGGUGGAAUUUGAAGAUGACAGGAACAUUUCCUGUAUUGGAAGGAUGUGAAUCUCAACCGAAAUGGGCUGGACCGGAGCUAGGGCAUCAUACGGAAGAAGUCAUGACGGAUGAGCUGGGUUUGUCGCCAGCGGAGGUUGCGAAACUGAGGAGCGAUGGGAUCCUUGGAUGAAGGAUGGACAAUUUUGAAUGUAGAAAUAGAAUUUCAAUGGCUUAGCUAUCGGUAUGUUUUAGCGCACAAGCUGUUUGUUUGUACAAGUACCUUCAACACUGACAUUCGGCAUUGGAUGAUGCCUUAAACGUUGAAUGAUCUUCAAUAGUCUUCAAUCCAUUGUAUCUCAAUGCCACCAUUACCACUGCAGCCGUCCCA